AUGGCCUUUGCUGAUCUACUGUUAGGAGGUUUUUGUCUUCCUGUGUUCAAUUACUUUAUCAUCAGCAGUGGUUAUCAGCUUUCGAUGACAAAUGAGAAUUGGAAGUCGAAUGUAGUCUAUAAUAUCCCUUACAGCAUUUCAUUAGGGGUUUCACUGACAUCUGCAGCUUUCAUAUCAUGUGAGAGGUUUUACGCCAUAUAUUGGCCAUUCAGGCACCGAAGAGUAACAGUUCGAACAUACCACAUUUUCAUUUUUAUUUCGUGGACGCUAAAUGUCCCAAUGAAUGCUAUUGGCUACGUUUAUUUAAAAUCAAACAACGAUUUCAUCAGGUAUGUCAAUACAUCAUGCAUUUUUGCUGUAACAUGCAUCAUCUGUGGAUGCAAUAUCGCAAUUUGGAGAAAAUUUCAACACGGAGACGUCAUUUCACAACAGAAAAACAGAGACGUGCAGAAUGUGCGUUUGACAAAAACUUUAGUGUUUGCUUCCAUACUUAACUUGCUUUGCUGGAUCCCUUUAGUUACGGUGUAUGGUAUCGACCAUGAAAGUGUUUCAAUACCGACCAGAUGGUUCGUUAUUACUGUUGCUCUCAAUAGUUGCAACGCAUUUAUAAACCCUUUACUAUAUGCAGUGAGAGUUCCCGAGUUUCGAAAAGCGUUGGCGCUGAGCUGUGUCAGAAAGCGCAAAAAAAUGAACCCAGAAAAUAUUAAAACCGGAGAAAAUCCUGCAAUUGUUUUGUCACGAGAGACACACUUAAGGGCUUGUCAGAGUGAGUCCAAUACCAAUGCACUUAAGUUUCAUAAAAACUUUAUGGAAACCAAACUGUAG